UCCGAUCCUGCUGCGUUAUCCCCCGUGGCUGCUGCUUCCCCGGCCAUCGGCGCCGCCCGCCCUCCAAACCCGCCGGAGCUGCGACGGCGAGGAGCUGUGCAAGUCCAACCAGCAGCGCCUCCACAUACGUUGGAUGCAGCACCACAACGCCGGCACCCGUAACUCAAUCCUGUAACCGUCGCGUCGCCAUGGCGCACCCCGCCGCCAUGCCGCUGCGCCGCCCGCUCCUCCUUUCCCUCAAGCCGGCUCGCCUCCUGUCCUUCCUCGCGGUCCCCUCGCCCAGCCUCCGCCACCCGCGCGCCCUCCGCCCCACAGGCCCUCUGCCGGCCGAGGACACCGACGAUCCGGACGCCGGGGACGGCGCGCCCUUCAAGAAGAGCCGCAACGCACUCAAGCGGGUGGCCCGCCGCUCCGUUCAGUGGGGCAUGGACCUCGCCAAGUUCCCGCCUCCGCAGAUCAAGCGCAUCCUGAGGGCCGCCUCACUGGAGACCGAGGUCUUCGACGCUCUCAUGCUCGUCAAGAGAUUGGGGCCGGAUGUGCGGGAAGGAAAGAGGAGGCAGUUCAAUUACAUCGGUAGACUUCUACGCAAUGCACAACCAGAAUUGAUGGAUACUCUAAUACAGGCUUCCAAGGAUGGAGAUGAUAGCAAGUUACAUGCCUUGCUGAGUGAAGAGAAAUUGUUGGUGGAAGAGGAGGAACUACCUGAUGAAGAAGAGGACGAUGGAGAGUAUAUGAAAAUUGCAGAUAGAUGGUGUGCUGGUCUCCUUUGCAAAGACAUCUCAAUUACUAAUGAAGUUUAUGCUGUCCAUAAUGUUGAGUUUGAUCGUCAGGAACUGCGGAAGCUCGUGAGGAGAGUCCAGAUGAUUGAAGAAAGCACAAGUAAAGAUGGCGAGGAAGGAUCUAGCGGGAAGCUUUCCAGAGCAAAGGAACUGCUUUUGAGGUUCCUUCGCUCCCUUGCAAAGGAAGCAUGUGCUGAAUAGGUGAAAAACUUACUAACACUUGUGAAAGAUGGACAGUGGUGCAGUUUGUAUCUCAUUUGCCCACUCACGUGCAUAAUGUGUGUGUGUAAGUGCGAAUGCUCAUCAUCUCACCAAGAUUUUGUAGCGAGGCACACCCGGGAAAACGUGAUGGUUUUUUUUGUUGUCUCCGAUUAGGAGGAGGAGGUUGUGGUCAAUUCAGUUAAACUACCAGCAAUAGUAUGGAUGAUGCUCUCGGUGCACGCAGUUCAACGAGGAUAUGCAAGGUUUUUUUUUUUUGAAAGAGGAAGGAUGUGCAUGCAACCUAACUGGGAAAUCAUAUCAUGCAAGUCCUGAACGAGAUUAGUAUGUACUUUACUGUUAGCUGUCUCCCAGAUAUCUGCCAUUUACUUGUAAUAAGGAAAUAAAUAAAUUAUCCAUAGUACUGUAUGUAGUAGUAUUUGGGGACGAAGUGUGGGCCCAGUUGAGUUUCUGAAAUCGAGUAGCUUCAUCUGUAUUGGCAUUGGUAAUUUUGUAUUGGCUGCAUCAUGGACAUUUGUUUAGGGGUAUGGACAUUACUUUGGGAGUUUUUAAUCGGCUAAUAUUGUUCAUAAUAGUCAUUAGAG